AUGAAUUCAAUUUUAACUAAUCCAUUGUAUAGACCAUUAUUGGAAAUUAUUAAAUCAGCCAGAAAUGGUAUUGUUUAUGGUGGUAAAUUAAGAUUUUCUCAUGCUUUAGUUAUAAGUUUAUUAUAUAAAUCAGGUCCUUUGAAACCAAGAUUAAUAUCAGUUUUAAAUGCGACAAAAGAUCAUGCUUCUGUACUUGCAAGUUUUGCAGUUAUAUAUAAAUUUACAAUUUUAAUACUUAAAAAUGAUUCAAUGUUCGGUGAUGAUAAAAAUAUAGGUCUUAUUAAAUUUUUAGCUGGUUGUUUUGGUUCUUGGAUUGUUUAUUCACAACAUUUUAAUAUCUUUCAUUCUGGUAUAACUCAUCAAAUUACUUUAUAUUGUUUUAGUAGAGUUGUAAUAGCAAUAGGUAAAAUAUUAUUAGAUCAAUAUUUAAAUUGUUUUCAACCAAAUUUUAGAAAUCAUAAUACAAAUCAAUCAAUUAAAUAUAGAGAUUUGAAUAAUGUUCAACAGAAAAAGUUAAAAAAUAUGAUUUAUAAUAAAAGCUGGAAAUAUUUUGCUAUUUUAGUUUGGGGUUUAGUUAUGUUUAUUUAUGAUUAUCAACCUCAAUAUUUACAAAGUAGUUUAAGACAUUCAAUGGCUUAUAUUUAUGAUGUUGAAAUGGAUUCUUGGAGUAAUUGGAGAGAAUUUUUAGGUAUUUAG